AUGGGGGGUCAAAAGAACGCGACAGCUGCUACUGGGGCUACUGCUCCUGCGGCUUCUUCUGCUGUUGCUGCUGCUGUUGCUGCUGCUGCUGCUGCUGGCCCCGUUCGUCUGUCUCCUGAUGAGUUUUGGGGUUUAGAAGGGCCUGUAAUCGGAACGCACGAUGGGAGGUUUCACUUGGACGAAGUGCUGGCUUGCACAUUGUUAUUAUCUCUAAAAGAGUUCAAGGGUGCGAGGAUAUGCCGAAGCAGACAGCAGAAAGACUGGGAUCGCUGCUCCAUUGUUGUUGAUGUGGGGGGCGAGUAUUGCCCAAAGAAGAGGCGGUUUGAUCAUCAUCAGCCUUCAUUUACACAUACUUUUGAUUUUAGUCGCUUCGAGGUAAAUCGGGAUCGGGAUCGGGAUGGGGAUCGGGAUCGGGAUCGAUCCCCACAAGAGUGUGGGGUUCGAUCCCACGAUGAUCAGGAUCGAUCCCAACAAGAUUGUGGGGUUCUACCCCAGCAUAAACGGAGUCGAUCCCAAGGCAGACAACCCGUCACCAAACUCAGCAGCGCCGGUCUCAUCUUCAGCCACUAUGGAGAACAAAUUCUAAGAGAAAGAUAUGAUGCAGUAGAUAACGGGGUAAGUAUAUCUGCAGAUCCUUUAUAUGUUGACCCCACAACAUUAGCAAAGAAAGUUAAAAACUUAUAUCCAUCACAAGAUGAAGAAGAAGAAGCAGAUAAACUGGGUGCAUGCGGCUACUGGCGUUGGCUGCAGCAGCGAGCGCAGCAGCAAUAUAAGGAAACACCAGAGGGUGCAGCAGCAUUUGCUGCUGCUGCUGCUGCUAAAGGUAAGGGCUGGGCUCCUGCAUGCAGCUUUGUAGAUAUACCUAUUAUAGGGGGGAGCGCUGAAGCUCUUUGUGCAUUUCGUCUUGCUCUAGCUUAUGCUGAUGAGACCUUUAGAGACGCAGUUAUUUAUUUAAGAGACAAGUGGCUCCCUGCUCGCAAUAUUGUUAAGCAAGCUAUUCUUAACUCUCCAGCCCCAAAAGAAUUUCAAGAGCAUGUGCUUGAACUCGCCAAGUGGGCCCCCUACGAGGAUCACGUGUAUAACCUUGAGCGCGAGUUAGGAUUGAGUGAGAAGCUGAAGUUUGCGGUGUACAAAGCAGAGAGGAUUGAAAAAGAAGGUUUAAAGGUUAGUUGGAGUAUAAGGUGUAUACAAGAAGAAGGUCAGCAGUUUAAGUGUAGACUUAGACUAAGAGAGGAGUGGGGGGGGCUUAGAGAUGAAGCUCUUGGGAAGGCUGUGCUUGCAAACAGCAGCAGCAGCAGCAGCAGCAGCAGCAGCAGCGGCGGCGAUGCAGCAGCAGCAGAUGAACCCAUACGCCCUGAGGAUUUCGUCUUCUGUCAUUCAACUGGCUUCUUAGGGAUAACGAAGACGAGGGUUAGAUAUAAUUAA